CCCUACGGAGCCCUUCUCCCCCACCUCUCUCUCCCAUCCAUCGUUUUCACCAACCUCUUGGCUUUUCCUUAUUAUUGGUUUUUAUUUUCUCUCUUUUGACUGUUCCCUCUUCUUCUUCUGCUUUUCACUGGCCACACACUUGUUCAAACCAUCAGAUUUCUAGUUUUCCUUUUCCCCCUUAGAAGAAAGCGAAUGCUCUUAUAACCAAGACAACCACAACAAGAAAGCGGAAAGAAGAGAGAAGAGGAGGUCAGUGGCGGUGUCUGUAGAACAAGAAGAAAAAACAAGUCACCACCAUCUCUCUCUCUAUCUCCCUCUUAAAUGUCGAAAGAAAUAAAUGUGUUUUUCUGCCACAGAAGACAUGAACAUGUAGGACAUCUCUCUCUCUCUUUCUCUCUCGUGGUUGAGCCGAAGCAAAGGGAAGCGAAAGUUGCAGAAAGGUGAAGACGCGUGGUUUGUUGUUGUUGGGUACCUUGUUUUUCUUGUGGAAGAAGAACCAGAUUAGUAGAGAGGGAGGGUAUCUAUAUAUAUAUACACAUCGAGAGAGAGAGAGAGAGAGAGAGAGAGAGAGAGAAUGGGAGUUUGCAUAUCGAAACCAGAGGGAUGUGUUGGUUUAAAGGGCAAGAAAAGGAGCAGGAGGCGGAGGAAGAGGCACAUCAGGAGGACUAAUGACGGAUCGUUGCAGAGGUUUGACGGAUCGACUCCGGCGUCCGAUCGCCGGUCCCUCAGCAUUAACGGUCAAGGGAGUACCGAGGAGGUAUGGUUUGAUUCCAUUGCAAUGCCAGACUCUGAUUGUGAUGAUGACUUUGUUAGUGUCCUUGGAGAUUUGUCAUGCCCCCAUAGCUUGGAUGGAGCAUCUCGAUUCAGUGUCUCUUCUAUCAGUGAUGCAACUUUGAGUCAUGAAAGUGAAAAGUUGCCAUUUGACCCUCCUGAUGAUAAGCGGAUGGCAAAAUUAUCAUCUGAUGGAAUGAUUGAAUCUGGUGAUUCUGCUACUUUAGUGUCUGACACAAACAAAGCUAGCUUGCAGUCUAAACUUGAUUGUAACAUGAACAGUGGAAGAUCUUCUUUGAAGCAUAAUGAUGAAACUUUGUCAUCAUCUGCCGAAGAUUCUGACAAGGAUGAUGCAAAAACAUUUGACCACUGUGGAAUCCUCUCAAAUAGCUCAUGCUUGCCUUGUCUUAUUCCAACUGAAACGCCCAUUGACAAGAGAAGACCACUAAGUCCUGGACCUCCAAGUGCAAGACGAAAGGCUCCUCUAAAGCUUUCUUUCAAAUGGAAGUCUCUGGAUGGAAGCAGUACUACUUCAUUUAUUUCUUCGAAGAGUUUUAUACAGAGGCCAAUAGCUGGUUCUCAGGUUCCAUUUUGUCCUCUAGAGAAAGGAAUGUCAGAUUGCUGGUCUCAGAUAGAACCUAGAACUUUCAAGGUUCGAGGAGAUAACUAUCUUAGGGAUAAAAAGAAAGAAUUUGCUCCAAAUUAUGCAGCAUUUUACCCUUUCGGUGUUGAUGUUUUCCUGUGUCAAAGAAAAAUUGAGCAUAUUGCUCGUUUUGUCAAUCUCCCCAACCUGAGUUCAUUUGGAAAGGUUCCUCCAAUUCUAGUAGUGAACGUUCAGGUACCUUUGUAUCCGGCAACACUCUUCCAGAAUGAAACAGAUGGAGAAGGCAUGAGCAUUGUUUUGUAUUUUAAAAUUUCAGAUAGUUAUUCUAAAGAACUUCCGGCGCAUUUCCAAGAUAGCAUCUUGAGGCUAAUCAAUGAUGAAACGGAAAGGAUCAAAGGAUUUGCUGUAGAUACAGUAUUACCAUUUCGAGAAAGAUUAAAGAUUUUGGGUCGUGUUGUGAAUGUGGAUGAUCUUCAUCUAAGUGCUGCAGAGAAGAAAAUCAUGCACGCUUAUAACGAAAAGCCUGUCCUUUCUCGACCUCAACAUGAUUUUUACUUGGGUCCAAAUUAUUUUGAGAUUGAUUUGGACAUGCAUCGAUUUAGUUACAUCUCUAGAAAAGGGUUUGAAGCAUUUCAAGACAGACUGAAAGUGUGUGUCUUGGAUGUUGGCUUGACGAUCCAGGGAAAUAAAGCUGAAGAAUUGCCGGAGCGAAUAUUAUGUUGCAUCCGGUUGAAUGGAAUUGACCGCACAAAGUAUGACCAACUUGUGACCGUGUAGCUGCAGCAAUUUUCUGAAACUGGAGGUCCAUUUCAAUGAUAAGAUUUGCUUCAAAUAGAGCCAGAUGGAAAUGCACUUCAGACUUGCAGCUGCAUGCUCGUCUGGGUUAGUUGCGGACUCAUCCCAUCGGCAACGCUUGGUUAAUGCAAAGGCCCCUGGAACGUAGAGAGAUGAAAAUGAGACUAGAUCAAUUUCAAAUAAAUAAAACUGCGGGGCCCCAGAAAGGAGAAAAAUUAAUAUGCUGGAUGUAGGCGAUGGUUUCAUUAGAUAUAAUCAGCCUACUGAUCUAAUUAUUCUUUCUCCUUGUAUACUGUUUAAUGCAAAUUCUAAUUCAUUCUAAUUGAUGAAACAAGUUUUUCCUUGUUCA